AUGGCGGUUUGUAUAAUAGAAGGAGGGGUUGUUGCUGUAAGUGAGCGUGGUUGUCGGGAACCCUGGGAGGGAGAGUGUAAAAAGAAGUUUCAAGUGUUUGAUAAUCAAGGCCCUGGAUUAGAAAAUGGUCUCAUGUCCUGGGGCAGAGCAGGUGCUGGGACUGCCCUAAAAGCUGGAAUCAGUAGCCCUGCCAACCCUAGAGCCAAGGCUAGGAUCCAGGCCAAGGCAGUGGGUGAGGCAGAACUGGAAACAGGAACAGUGACCCAGGCCAAGGCUGGGGAUGGAGCAGUGGCCAGGACACAGACAGUGACCUGCACUGAGGCCGUGGCUGUGACAAGGGAUGUGGGCAAGAUGGAAACUAUGACUAAGAAUAGAGUCAUGACUGAGACUAAGGCAAAAUCCGUGGCAGAACCAGGUAUAGUGCUCCAAACCAAGUCAAAGGUGAUGCCUAUGGCCAGGGUCAGUGCAGUGACCAAGUGUGAAGUCAAGCCUGCUGCUGGAAGUAAAACUGCUAUCAGGUCCUUUGCCAAGGCUGAUGAUAAGGCCAGUAUUGAGUCCAGGCCCGAGAGAAAGAGAGAGGACGACAUCAAAUUCAGGGCUGAGGCUGGGGACAGAGCUGGUAUUAUAAUCGAGUCCAGUGAUGAGGAUGAAGAAAAUGUCUGCUCCUGGUUCUGGACCGGAGAAGAGCCUAGUGUAGGAUCCUGGUUCUGGCCUGAAGAGGAGACUCCUUCUCAAGUUUAUAAGCCUCCACCUAAGAUCCAGGAAAAGCCCAAGCCCAUACCCAAACCUGAACUCACCAUAAAGCAAAAAGCAGCAGCGUGGUCAAGGGCCAGGUAUAGUGUCCUAGUCCCAAUAGAGGGAGGGGAGCGAUCCUUGCCUCCAGAAGGGAAUUGGACUCUGGUUGAGACCUUGAUUGAAACUCCUCUGGGAAUUCGGCCUCUGACCAAGAUCCCACCCUAUAAAGGGCCCUACUUCCAAACCUUAGCUGAGAUAAAAAACCAAGUUAAGUAUAGGGAAAAGUAUGGGCCCAAUCCAAGAGCCUGCCGCUGUAAAUCACGUGACUUUAGUUUGGAGCCUAAAGAGUUUGAUAAACUCGUUGCCCUACUUAAGUUAACUAAGGAUCCUUUUAUUCAUGAAAUAGCUACUAUGAUAAUGGGCAUCAGUCCUGCUUAUCCAUUUACCCAAGAUAUAAUUCAUGAUGUAGGUAUUACUGUUAUGAUUGAAAACUUGGUCAGUAAUCCCAAUGUUACAGAACACCCUAGAGCUUUAAAUAUGGUAGAUGAUAACUCUGAGUCUUCUGAAGAACGAAAACCGGCAGAGUCAUACAUACAUCAAGUUUGUAAGGACAUAAUCUCUUAUCCAUUGAACUCCCCUGUGCAACUGGCUGGACUAAAAUUAUUAGUGCACCUGAGUGUGAAAUUUGAGGAUCACCAUAUAAUUGCAAAUUACAUUCCAGAUUUCCUUACUUUGUUAAACAAUGGAAGUGUCAAAACUAAGUUUUAUGUUUUAAAAGUCUUCUUGCGCUUGUCUAAAAAUCAAGCCAAUACAAGAGAACUGAUUAGUGCCAAAGUACUAUCAUCAUUGGUCGCACCCUUUAACAAGAAUGAGUCAAAGGCCAAUAUUCUUAGUAUCAUUGAAAUAUUUGAGAAUAUAAAUUUCCAAUUCAAAAAGAAGGCGAAGCUGUUUACUAAGGAAGAGUUCACUAAAUCUGAGCUUAUUUCCAUAUUCCAGGAAGCAAAAGAGUUUGGUCAGAAACUCCAAGACUUAGCAGAGCACAGUGAUCCUGAGAGAGCUGCAGAAGGAUAUUCACACAGAAGAGAAGACACAAGUGGAAGAGAAGGCAAUGUGACCACAGAGGCAGAAACUGGGGUAAUGAAGCCACAAGUCAAGGAAUGCUAGCAGCCACUAGAUGCUGGAAGAGGAAAGAAAGGGAUUGUUCCUGAGAACUUCUGGAGGGAGCAUGUCACUACCAACACCUUGAUUUUGGCCUAGUGAUACUGGUUUUGCAUUUCUG